CGCUGUGAGAGCCGUCAGGCGCUGCCGCUUCUCCCGUCACGGUCAUCCUCUCUAUCCGCUCACCCUUUCGAACAAUGUUAUCUAUGUCCCGCACGGCUCCGAAUCAUUCACUGACUGCUGCAUCCGAGGCUCUGGACUGAUCCGAACAUCUACAGGUUGCCAUGGCCACGGUGGUGAUGGAACAGAUUGGUCGCCUGUUCAUCAAUGCGCAGCAGCUGCGUCAGAUCCCUCAGCUGCUGGAGUCGGCCUUCCCUACAUUGCCUUGCACUGUGAAGGUGUCCGAUGUCCCCUGGGUGUUCCGCGAGCGCCACAUCCUCACCGGCUACAGACAGCCGGACCAAAGCUGGCGCUACUACUUCCUCACCCUCUUUCAAAGGCACAAUGAGACCCUCAAUGUCUGGACCCAUUUGCUGGCUGCCCUCAUCAUCUUGGUGAAGUGGCAGGAGAUCUCAGAGACGGUUGAUUUUUUGCGCGACCCUCACGCUCAGCCCCUCUUCAUUGUCCUCCUGGCAGCCUUCACCUACCUCUCCUUCAGCGCACUCGCUCAUCUCCUCUCUGCCAAGUCUGAGCUCUCGUGUUACUCCUUCUACUUCCUAGACUACGUCGGGGUGGCUGUUUACCAGUAUGGCAGUGCCCUGGCACACUACUACUAUGCCAUAGAGAAAGAGUGGCACGCUAGAGUGCAAGGCCUCUUCUUACCUGCAGCAGCGUUCCUGGCCUGGCUCACUUGCUUCGGCUGCUGCUAUGGCAAAUAUGCCAGUCAUGACAUACCCAAGUUUGUCCUCAAGCUGUUCCAAGUGGUGCCCUCAGCCUUGGCUUACUGUUUAGACAUAAGCCCCGUGGUUCACCGCAUCUACAGCUGCUACCAGGAAGGCUGUUCCGACCCGACUGUUGUGUACCAUUUCUAUCACGUGGUCUUUUUCCUAGUCAGCGCCUAUUUCUUCUGCUGCCCUCACCCGGAGAGUUUAUUCCCUGGAAAGUGUGACUUCAUUGGACAGGGCCAUCAGAUCUUUCACGUGUUUGUGGUCGUGUGCACCCUGACACAGAUCGAAGCGCUGCGAACAGACUUCACCGAGCGCCGCUCCCUCUACGAGCGUCUACACGGCGAUCUUGCACACGAUGCAGUUGCACUCUUCAUCUUCACUGCCUGCUGCAGUGCUCUGACCGCUUUUUAUGUACGCAGGCGUGUGCAUGACGUUCUCGACGAGAAGGAAGACUAAGAAUGGGAAAAGUUGAGUUUAAAAAAAAAAAGUGAUUUGUUCCACUGAGGUUACUGUUAAAUAAAAUGAUCAAAAAGUUUUUAUUUAUGAAAGUUAUCAGUUUGUAUCAGUGACUGUGAUUUGCCAAACUACAUUGAGCUAUAUGUUGUUUUUUUAAUGAGGACAAAGGAAUCUUUAAAUUUGUUUUGGUAGCAAUACAGGUAGUGGUUAAAACACUGAAAUGAGUCCUUACAUCUUUUAUUAGUCUGCAAUGUUUUUAUUUAAUCAUAGUCUAAAGGAAUUUGGUACUUAACCAGCAAAAUAAAGACUGGCUUCUAAUGAUGUCUAUUAGAACAAUUUAAUGUUUUAAAUUAAUUGUAGCAUUUCGAUUAGUGCAAGCAUUUGUUUUUGCAGUCCCACAAUACUUUGUAUUUUACAGACAAAUAGUGCAUCUAUUAUUCCAUAUCCAGUUUGAACUGGUACUCCUCUCACUAAUUAGGUACCUUUCUGACUUAUUCUUCAGUUGGAUUCCGCCUGUCUGCGUUUUAAUUUAUCAAGGUGCCAACACUGUGCCAUGCAAAUGUUUGAACAUGUUUCAGAAAGGUCCAGUGUCCAAUUUGAAAACCAAAUAUUCCACGACUUAUUCAGGAAGAGAUGUGUUUUUCCCUGUGGGUGACCCCAAUCUGUCAAAAUAUGUUGAAAGUGAGGCUGGCACUCGGUAUCAGUUUAGAGAUGGACACUAGAUUACUGAUGUCACUUGUUGUGGCAGUGCUAAUCUUCCUUUCUUUCUUUCUUUUUUUUUAUUCAAAGGGCUGGAACAUCAGCUUUUGCCUUUUCACAUCCCAUGAUAUUAAUGCUUUGGUGUGCAUUGUUGAUCACAUUUAAGUCACAAAAAGCCGUGUCAGACUGGUGUUCUGCUUUUGACAUUUUGUUUUUGUAUAAAUAUAUAUGUGCCUCUACGCAUGUCUUUUUUGGUAUAUACUGUUGAUAUUAAGUGUGUGAAUGUCUAUGAAAGCUUAGCCUUGCACUUCUUUCUUACCCUGUAAAUAACCUGUAUUCCUCUCUGGUCCUUUAAAUCCCCCUUUUUGUCUUUGUCAAAAGCAGAGUUUACUUUUUUUUCCUUCUUCUUCUUUUUAUAUAUAUAUAUAUAUAUAUAUUUUUUGUUGACUUUUUGUCAAAUAAAAUCACACUGGUAAUGUU